ACCUGCGAAGCCCCGACACUCAUAGUCACUCAUUUACAAACUACCAUACCCAAAGAUGCCAGAGAUCACAAAGGAGAUACAAUUGGACCCUUCCGUGAUCCCACCUUUAGAUCCUUCCUUGCUAAGUCUAUCAGAACAAGAAAAGGAGUUCCUCCAUGCAACGAUCUCGUCGGAUGAUGAGGCGUUGAAGAAGAAGGUAUAUGAAGUUCAGAAGAUAGCCUAUGCUCAACAUGCAUAUCCAUGCAUCCGAGCGUUCCAUUUUGUGAACCUCAUGAUGUCCGAGAAUCCAAUAUACCCAAGGGUUCUCGAAGCCGGGAAGGGCGGCAACACUUUGUUGUUGGACCUAGGAUGCUGUAUGGGCACGGACGUCAGAAAGCUCGUCUACGAUGGCUAUCCUGCGAAUAGAGUCAUUGGUUGCGACCUCCGUCAGGAUUUCAUCGAUCAAGGGUAUCACCUUUUCGGCGAUAAAGAUACUUCUCCGAUCCGUUUCUUUACUGGUGAUAUCUUCGAUGUCCCUGUCAAACUUGCAGAACCGUCCGGGAUCGUCCAGGUGGACACCUUCAAGAUCACCGGACUUGAGCAGCUGCGAGGAGCCUUGACUCACUUCUACGCCGGUGCAUUGUUCCAUCUAUUCGACGAGCCAACGCAAUACGAACUUGCUUGUCGGGUCGCGACAUUGGUGAAGCUUGAACCAGGUACAGUUGUUUUCGGCAGACACCAAGCUUUGCCUGAAGAAAGGCUGAUUGACGACCAUCUUGGAAGAACGCGAUACGGCCAUUCCCCUCAAUCCUGGGCGAAACUUUGGAUAAAAGUCAUUGGGGAACUACGCUCGCCAGAGUUUGCAGAGAGCCAUGUUAAAGUUGAAGCUUUUUUGAAUGAGGGAUUUAAUGUUCAUGUCUUUCAGGCUCGUCAUCAGACGCAUAUGCUUGUAUGGAGCAUAAAGAGUCCUAGAUUGUAAUGCUACAAGAUGAGGAGUGCUAAAGUGGAGAAAUAUGAAAUACGCGUACAUAAAACGACAAGGUGUGCUUAACACAUCAAUGAAAUGACUACAAAGCCCGUUUGCAGCCUG